UUAUCAAGUGAACCGUCGGUUUAAGUUGCUCUUCUGGCGCCCAAGAAAGGCGGUGAUACUCACUCCCCGUUCACCGGAGAAAUUUCACCGCCUUCUCGAGGCUCGGCGCUCGGCGAGAAGAACUCCGGCGACGAAACCCUAGAAAGUUAUAUGUAAAUGCAGAGCAUAAAACGCUUGCCGAGAAGUGUUCAUAGUCCACUGCGUUCGAGCAUAGUUUUGUUUGACUUGCCGAAAGUCGUGGAAGAAUUGAUAUAUAAUAGUAUUGAUGCAGGUGCGACCAAGGUUUAUGUUUCUAUAAAUAUCAGAGCAUGUUACGUCAAAGUAGAAGACGAUGGUUGUGGUAUUACAAGAGAUGGACUGGUCAUGUUGGGUGAAAAAUAUGUGACGUCCAAGUUUGGCCUCAUGGAUGACAUUGAAUCUAUUUCUAAAAGCCUGGGUUUUAGAGGAGAGGCAUUGGGUUCCCUUUCUGAUAUUUCCUUAGUGGAAGUUAGAACAAAAGCUCGCGGGAAACCUAAUGCGUACCGCAAGAUUUUAAAGGGACCGAAGUGCUUAUUUUUUGGAAUAGAUGAUCGGAGGGAAGUUGUUGGUACGACUGUUAUUGUUCGAGAAUUAUUUUACAACCAACCAGUUCGAAGGAGAUGCAUGCAGUCUAGCCCCAAAAAGGUUCUCCAUUCUGUGAAGAAAUGUGUGCUUCGAACUGCUCUUGUUCACCCGCAAAUUUUAUUCAAAGUCACUGAUAUUGAGAGUGAGGAUGUGUUACUCUGCACAAUUCCUUCGUCAUCUCCUUUGCCUCUUAUCUCUGAUGGUUUUGGGAAUGAAGUAUCCAGUUCUCUACAUGAAAUUGUUUACUCUGAUAAAAAACUGAUGCUUUCUGGGUAUAUAUCUGGGUCUGCUGAUGCUUUCUCCACAAAGGCUUUCCAGUAUCUCUAUAUUAACUCAAGGUUCGUUAGCAAGUGCCCAAUUCAUAAAUUGGUUAAUGAUCUGGCAGCUAGAUUUCAGGGUUCUUUAGCCCAGAGGGUCGAGCCUGAGUUCCAUAGGGGGAAGAGACUCAAGAAUCAUGGAUAUCCAGCAUAUAUGUUUAAUCUGUGCUGUCCUCCUCUUAGUUAUGACCUAAGUUUUGAACCUUCAAAGACAAUUAUAGAAUUCAAGGAAUGGGGUACUAUCUUGAUUUUCUUUGAGCAAGCCAUCAUGCAUUGCUGGGAACAACUUCAGGCGAAAUCACUGCAAGGAAAAUCUUUUGCCUAUAAAAAUGGUAUAUCUAUGGAAAAUGAAGUUCAGAAGGAAGACCCAUUGACCACAGACAUAUCUAAGACCUCUAACAUGAGAAAGAAGAGAUGCAAUAUCCAGUUACGUCAUUGCUCUGUUUCUCAUAGCCCCAUUAGCAGUCCCCUCAAGAUUGCAUCAGAAGAUAUUACUACUUCUCAUGGAAGAUCAUCUAAAGAUCACAAGAUAUUUUCCCUGGAGCCUGAACCAAGCCAAAGUGAUACUGAGUUUUUUGGUUUUACUGAUUGCUCUUUGCAGCAUGUAAUUAAUGACAGAGCGGAUGUUCUUGAUUCUAGAUGUGAUCAAAUGGGUGGCAUAAACCACAAUCCUCUUUGGUGGACAAGGAAUGCUGAUUCUUUGCCUCUGGAAAAUCAUCUCAUUCCUGAUCUUACUUCUGAAGUUAAAGAAAAAUGUGAUAUGCAAGAGUUUGUAUGGAAGAACAGACCUCCUAAUGGCACCAGAAACUUGAAAGGAGAAUUAAUUAGUUGCAACAUGACUGAUCCUCAUGACAUCUUGGUAAAUGCUCAGAAAGUUCAUAAUCCAUUACACAAUCCCAACCCCAAGUCUCUCAGCAAACCAGGGAUGAAAGAAAGUUAUCCUUUAAUGGAGAAUGAGCUCUGUAACUCAACUCCCAGUGGUUUUGGCAUUAAGCUUGUUCAUUUAAGAAAAGAACUUGAUUCAAAUGCUUUGGAUGCUAAUUAUCACGUUGAAGGUUCAAGUUCUAGGGAUAUUUUUUGCCCCAAAAAAUUUGAUGCUGCUACGCCCUCAUUCAAUAUAAUUAGAAAAUGCCAGGCACUUAGGGACUUGGAUGUGUUAUCAAGUGAUUCAGUUGGCCCUCAUUCUUGUGAUCAAACUUGUUUAUUUGAGGAGAACAACCUUCAUAAUAGGCUAGAAGUUUGUGAAACUGGCUCCAUAUGUCAGUUACCUAAUGAAGAAUGCCUUCUUUAUUCCCGACAUCCAACUUUUGAUUCUACAAGCAGAGAUUCAUUGGAAUGGAAUUUGAGAUCUUUAAGAUGUAUUGAUGCAGGGUACUCUACAAUAAUGGAAGAAAAGGAUGAAUUUUUCAACUCUCUUCGGAAUAGUUACAGUGAGAUUUAUCCUGAUGAAAGCUGGGCGAAAAACAGAUCAGAUCAUGAAUAUUGCUCUAGUCCCAAGAAAGAUAUGCACUAUGGCCACCUUUCAGAUGAAACAACUUUUGGUGAUGUUUGCUUGUUGGAUAAUUUAAAUCAUGAAACUAGCUGGUUGUUUUCAGACUCUAUUAAUGUUAAAAGGACUGAUGGCUAUUCCAAAUUUAGAGUUCACCCGGUGCACAAUCAUGAUAAGGGGGUUGAGAGCUCAUUGCAUGAACAGGGAUUUCGAAAUCAUGUACUGCCUCAGGCUCACAAGGUUAGAUCAAGGAGGAGUUCUUCAGCUCCACCAUUUUACAAAGGGAAGUGCAAAUUCUUUACUUUAAACUGUUUGGCCAAAACAGCGAGAAAAAAGCCUGAUUUUGAGUUCUCAAAGGCUUCACCAGAGAGCAUAAACUCAUUAGAUAAUGUGUCACAAUCUAAUGCAUCACAGAAGCCUCUUAACAGGGAGGUUUCCCAGCCGCAGAUCAGACAAUGCAUUGAUGAAAAGCGGAGCAGACAAGAGAUGAAAAUAUCCUACUCCGUAGGUUCUAUCACUGAUGAACCAGAACAUGUUGCAGCUGAAAUGACUAAGUGGCGAACUGGCAUUUUGCAGCCUACAGUUAAAGAUGGGGACUUCUGGCAUAAUUCUUUUGAACAAAGUGAAGAUAUACUAGACAUUUCUUCUGGUAUUUUACAUCUCGCUGGUAGCUCCUUAGUGCCUGAAUCUAUUGACAAAGAUUGCCUUCAGGAUGCAAGGGUUCUCCUUCAGCUGGAUAGAAAAUUUAUUCCUGUAAUGGCAAGUGGAACACUCAUCAUUAUCGAUCAGCAUGCUGCAGAUGAACGAAUUCGCUUGGAAGAGCUUCGCCGAAAGGUCCUGUCUGGUGAGGGCAUUGGAAUUACUUAUCUGGAUCCUGAGCAGGAGUUAGUAUGUCUAUCUGAUUAUCCUUUUCUUAUGCAACCUGUAAGCAUGUUUACUUAUUUUUGGUAUUUCGAUAUUGAUUGCCUUUUACCUUUAUUUGUAUAUCGAUGUCAGGUUCUUCCUGAAAUGGGGCUUCAGCUGUUGCAAAAAUAUAGAGAGCAGAUACAGCAAUGGGGUUGGAUCUGCAGCACUCCUAGUCAGCCCUCAGAAUCAUUCACAAAGAACAUGAACCUUUUCAAGAGACGUGCAUGUGGUGUUUCUCUUGUUGCAGUACCAUGUAUAUUAGGCAUCAAUUUGACUGACAAAGAUCUUAUAGAAUUCAUUGAGCAGCUUGUUGAGACAGAUGGAUCAUCAACUCUGCCACCUUCUGUUCUUCAUGUUCUAAACUUCAAAUCCUGCAGAGGUGCGAUCAUGUUUGGUGAUUCCUUGUUACCUUCAGAAUGUUCUCUUAUUGUUGAAGAAUUGAAAGCUACACCACUAUGCUUCCAGUGUGCUCAUGGGCGACCGACUACUGUCCCUCUUCUCAAUAUGGCAGCUCUUCAUGAGCAGUUGGCCUGGCUUCAGGUGCAGCAGGAGGGCCCAAGAGAGACAUGGCAUGGACUCAGCCGGCAUAAAUCCAGCAUUAGACGUGCACAGUUGCGUCUGGAUUCUGCGAGAAAGUUUCACAGCCGAUAGCAUGCUAGAGUAGCUUACAUUUUGUGGUCUGUAUAAUUAAAUGCCACCAGUCCGUUGCUGAUUGUAGUGCAUUUUAAUAAUGUUUGUAUACAAUUAUCAUGCAUUUGUAAGAAUCUAAUAAACAUCUUGUCAUCUAAUUAACCAUUUGUAAUGGCAAUAAAAAUUUAUUCCCAUUUAACCAAG